AUGGAGUCUCCUCCUGUGACACUACAGCUUCUUAGAACGGUAGGAAGGAAACUGAAAAGCUCUCUUGCAUCCCCUAAAGCAGCAUCACCAAGCGCGCCUCCAAUACAAUCCGAGAUAUCCCAGAUGUCCGCAGACCUUUCGACAGACAUCCUUCGUUUGCUAAACCCGCAAGAACCGCCAGCAGAGUGGAAGAAGAGUGUAGCUAUGCUGCGACAGAAAGGCCCCUGCAAGCCCUUUAUUGAAAAUAAGGCUCCGACCAAAGGCUUAGAAAACGCUAUUAGACAGCGAAGAGUAUCUGACACCACACAAUUCACCAUUGAGCAGUCGGCCUCGGCAGAUACUUCUCUUUCUGUUCCUGCUCUAAAGCCGUCGCUUUUAAUAAGAUUAAAGGGCAGCUUAGCGCCCAGCGAUUAUCUCACUGCUGAAAAGAAGUCCCUAGCAGCUGCUGCAGCCGCAAUAAACGAUUCUAUUGAUAAAGAGGUAAAAAAGACCCUAGAAGUACUUGACGAGACUGGCUUCGACUCUCCAAAUGGGCCUAAAACUCGAAAAGCACCAUUUUCACGACUUCUGACCAAGUUACGUGAAAGUCCUUCUUCACAAAAUGACUCGUGCACAUCGCCUGAUGCAUAUUUUCCUAGCAAAAUGACUCAGGAAUCCACGAAGAGGCUAUUACCUUUUAGUAAGUAUGUUGCCCAUGGAUCUGCAAGGCCAAUAAUUAGGUCACUCAAGUCAGUGGUUACCGCUGAACACAAGUUCAACAACGCACCCACCACGACGUGCACUCCUUUGACCAAUUUGGCCGGGCUAGAUUUAGAAGAGUAUCCAAAUAGCAAGAGUCUUUACACUGGAUUAUCCUUUGUGCGUCAACCUGCAAGCACGCUUAUUGAUCAUGAGUUUGCAGUUAAUAGUGCAAUACCGCGGAAAAAGGAUUCAUAUGGAGAGACACACCAAAUAGUGGGCUCAGUAGAUAAAAUACAGGUAUAUGAUGAGCUUGCUAUGGGUGAGGUAAUUACAAAGAGGGACAUAGCGCCCCUGGAAAAGAAUUGUGACAUUCAAAAGAAUGUUACUGGCCUUGACUCUUUUGUCUCAUGGAGGCGAAGAAACAAGGAGCAUGACGGAGCAAGCAUCGUGACAGAAGCAUUAAAAGUUGAUAAUACAUCGAUUAAAUUUUUCCCUACAAUGCUGUCAGAAUUAACGGCCAAUUACAGCAAAGAUUUAGUUGACAAUAUCAAUAAAGCCUACUAA